CACCACGGGACACAUUAUCGUGUCCUAGGUAUAAUAACAUCUUCGAGGGAUUUUGGAGUUUUAUAUUUUUUUGAUACAACAAUCACGAGUGAUAGUGCGAAUCAAACGCUUGCGAAUACCGAGUGAAUCGAGUGAAUGUGCUGCGCAGUGUACGAUUACUGAUUAUUCGAUCGAAAAUUCCUUUUGUUUUCGAUGAGUGACAAAUUACAAUAAUUUGAUACACAAUUGACGAGUACAAGUGAUUGUAAAAAUACAAAAUAAUUGAAUCACUUCCUGUGGCUGGGAAUUUUCGUAAAUCGUUCGCGAAAAAAGUGCCAGAAUAAUCGAAUUCCACGACAUAAUAGGAAUUCUUCGAUCUCCGAAAACUACUCGGUUGGAUUAUUUAAAUGGUGGAUUACUACAAUUACAAGAUGUCAGGAAGCGAUGACGAGUUCGAGCCGCAGAGCCAAUCAGGCAUGUCGAAGGCUGAACUUCGACGGAGCAACAAGCCGAUAAUGGAGAAGAGACGACGUGCUCGGAUCAAUCAAUGUCUCGACGAGCUCAAGAGUCUCAUACUCGAAGCUAUGAAAAAAGACCCAUCCCGACAUUCGAAGCUCGAGAAAGCUGAUAUACUCGAAAUGACGGUAAAGCACCUGCAGACGGUGCAACGGCAGCAGUUGGGCACAGCGGUUGCCACCGAUCCCGCUGUACUCACCAAGUUUCGAUCUGGUUUUUCUGAGUGCGCCGGCGAAGUGUCGCGCUACGUCUCCCGGCUGGAGAACGUCGAGCCAGCGGUGAAACAAAGAUUGGUAUCACAUCUGAACAGCUGCGUUACGAAUCUCCAGCAAAUGGCACCUUUCUAUAGUCAUUACGUGCCUUACAUGCCGGAAAGACUUUACCCAGAGGUUAAGGUUGGCUUCCAGAACGACUUUCAGAGCGGCGACGAGAACAACAAUGGAAGCGCAACGCGAAUUCAAAUCCCGAGCGGAGUCCAGCUGAUCCCGAGUCGGUUGCCGACUGGAGAGUUGGCCCUGUUGGUCCCGCAGUCCGCUGGCAUAUCCGCCAACUUUCCAUUCUUCCCCCCGGCUCCUGAAGCUCCAACGAGAAACGGCUCAUCGACAUCGGCGUUCACUGCUGUAAACAGAUCUCACAGUCCUCUGCUGAGUCCCUCGACCUCGACUUCCAGCUUCGGCGAAGAAAGCCAUCAUUCGGAAGCCUACCCUCAAUCACAGUCGCCAAAUCAAUCUCAGCACCGCUUCAAAAUCCCGGAACAAAGUCCCUCCGCAUCGAACAAAAGCUUUUCGUCGUCGUCACCGGAAACGCAGAAACCGCAAAUCAGCUCUUCCAGCGAUAGGAAGAGAUCCCAAUCACCCUCCACUUUUAUCGAACGAAAGUCCCACAAUGACGCGGCCUCCACCGCUCCAGCGGUCAAAGAAACACCCAACCGAGAACCCGACACUCCGAUGGCGGCCGAUCUCGUUCCUGGGCCGAUGACAAACUUGAGACAACCGUUAUCCGUUAUUACGGACAAAACGUACAACCGGGCAGCGAUGUUUCCCAAACGGGAGAGCCUCAAACGCCAUCAUUCCGAAGGCCUCUUAGUAAUUUCUGACAAAAGACCACGUUACAACGAGCCUUCCAGCUCCACACUUUCGUCGAACCUUAAGGCGGCCAGUUCUUCUUACCAACGUGACGAACAUUCGACCUCGGCAAAUGAUCUUUCGGGUAAUCCGCCAUUUGCUACAACCACGAACGGCGAUUCGGUCCAAGUUUCUGCAGCUGAUGCCGGCAGCACUUCGCAAGCCAACGGUGACAUGUGGAGACCAUGGUGAUGAAUUACCAUGAACUAUGGGAAGAAACAAAGACAAUUUUAGCGACCUUUCAUCUGUGCAACUACGGCAACUUUGAUUCGACCGAAAUUUAGGAUAAUUUUUCCUCGCUACUACUUUACGAGUGACUAAUUUUUAUUUUUGUUUGGCUAUAGUAGACGUAAAUUUAUCAUUUCCCCUUUUCAUAGCACGUGCUGUGAAAACUCAUUCUUCCUGAACUUCCAAAGGACACAAAAACGAGCACAAAAAGCAAAUAAUUUUCCAUUGUACCCUUAAGACUCUUAGGUUAGAAAUUCGACUGAUUGAGAUUCAGUGAGAUGAUUUUUAAAAAUAUUUAUUAUUACUUUAUGUUUGUAUUGAUGACGAAACUGCGUUUAAUCUAAUACCGUUUAUGAGACGAGCAGUAUGGACACAGGACGUUUUCCUACCGCGCCUGCUUCUCGAAACGAUUCUUCGAGAGGUUGGGUUCAAUUGGGCCAUAACAUUGAUAUCGUUAGCACGAUGAUGCUGUGGGUUAUACGUGUUGCUUCAACACGCGUUUAGCUCUCGCGAUGCGAGCAUCCUUCCAAAGCAAAAAGACUAAACCUAAGCUUUAAAUGAAUGAAAUAAAUAAAAAAAAAUAUCAAUUUACGAUGAGACACGGGUGCGCUGUAAAUAUUUCCUUGUAAAUAGACUUGUUUUCUUUUCCACUCGAAUGAACAGUAUCGAUAAAAAAUUUAACACUGGAAAAGUAGUUGUAAUGUAUUUGCGAUUCAGCAACUUUCGCGAUUGAUGAUUUUAUUUUGUAACCAACAUAAGUAUUAAGAGUUUGUGAUAAUUGAUGUAAUUCGCUACAAAACUACUAUUACUUUAUUAAUAAAAAAAAA